AUGACUUAUUUUCAAACUGAAUAUCGCAACUUCCUGGCGAGCCCUAGGUCCGCUAAGCUUGCCGCCAAUGUCUCGCUGAUCUAUGUCCCUUCAACCACCAAAUUCGAGGGCAAAGAUUCAGUAUUGACCCAUUUGUCGCGCCAAUCAAGCAUUGUCAAGAAAAAGUCCGAGGAUGUCAUCAGUUCAAUUGAGGCUUCCGACUCGUUGGUGUUGGAUAUGGAGACAACACUAGAGUUCCUAGAGGGCGGCGGGGCCUAUCUCCCCUCGUUGGAUGAUAAUUUCCUGGCCGACCGCGUCGUCACCAUCCCCACGCUCCACAUCGUCCACUGGAACGCCGAACGCGAAAUUCAACAGGUCCGCAUCUACUGGGACCAAGGUUCUCUCUUGAAGGAGGUGGAAAUUAUUGGAGCGCGUAGCCGAAGCUGGCCCAUUCGCGCCGGUCAAGAGCAGACCCGUUUACUGCGAUCAGCCGCCAAUGCGCAAUCCGCUCCGGCUUUCACCCCAUCCCAGAAUACCUCUCAGGAACUUCUUGCGCGACCUGGCUCCCCUGGCAAGCGACACAUCACGGACCCUCACGGUGCCGGCUCCUUGUUCAAUCUUCUCUCGCCCACGAAAGGCGAAUCAGAUGAGGAGGAAAUAUUACACGUCCCGCGGCCGGCCUCUCCUAGCAAGAAAUACCACAAGGAUCCAUAUGGGGCUGGGUCCUUGUCUGAGAUUCUGUCGCCUAGCAAGGCUGAAACUGCUACCGUUCGCCCUUAUGCGCCGUCAGCUGUGAAGCCUCCCACCCGCGACUUGUCCGAUCUUUUCAUCGACGAGGAGGCUCCUCCCACACCCUCCAAGGCCGAGAGAGUGAUUGCGCCCAAGGGUGGAAAAUCCCGGGAGCUUCUAGAUGAAGAUAACCUGGACUACGACCGUGCUCCAUACAAGAGCAAUCCGACGAGGUUCAACCACUUCGAGAUCGGUGCCGACAACAGCACGGAGACCAAGAGAAGAGCUGCGCCAAAAGGUGAUGCUGUGAACACUCAGGACCAUGAUGAAGAUAACCUGGACCACGACCGUGCCCCAUACAAGAGCAAUCCGACUAGGUUCAACCACUUCGACAUCGGUGCGGCCGAUGAGGAGGUGACCGAGAAGCCCCAACAUGGAAAAUCGCGUAACCAGUCCCAGUGGGACUUCGGUGACACUGUCACUCCACAGAAGCCUCGUACCGAGAAGGCCCGUAACUUUGGCUACAGUGAUGAGGACAUCGAGACGCCCCCGCCCCGCCACCACGUUUUCAAGCCUCGCCGUGACGCAGAUGUACACUUCGAAAUGAACGAGGACAAGGAAGAAGAUGACGGGCGUGUCAUCAGCUCCUACCAAGGCCGCGGCCAGGGUCUGUACCAAAACCGCCUAUUCGACGACAACGGUGAAGCCAUGCCCAGCGAACAGGAGACCAAGGACUCAGCGCACCUAUCACUUCCAGGCAACAAUACCAACCGACAGAAGAACUUCGACACUCACUGGAAGAUGGGAGACUCUCCUGCUCCCAAAACAGACAUCGAGAACAUCCCCCAUGACCACAUUCAAUCAGUGAAAAUGAUGGAGGCUUCAUGGGAUGACUAUGAUCGAUCUCCUGAACCUAUUCGCACCGCAACGGCACUGCACAACCCUACUCGUCGUAACCAGCCGACCUGGACAUAUGGCGACGAAUAA